CCGAGUACUAAAUGGACACCUCCAAAGCCGGCAGCCGGGUGAACGUCAACUCGGAGGAUUUCACGAUGCCUCUGCAAUCACCUGUCGUAGAGGGGUGGGAUCCCCCACCGCCGGAAAAAAUCUCACACUCCCAUAAUCGAAUUCAUCAGGGAUGAUCAUCGAUUGUUAAUUGCAACUGCGUAUUCAGUAUCCUCAUUUGGCAAUACUUUUGAAUUUGAUAUUCAUUACGUUGAAACGCGAUACCCGCAAGGUUCGACCUUUCAAAAAAAAUUAUCUGUGUCAGAGGCUGCAUUUGAUUAUGAUCGACGCUGAUAUAAACGAAAGAGGCAUCAUCACUUGAUUUUCUGAAUGCAGAACGGUGGUGUUAGCUGCGUUAACGUCUGUGAAUAAAUAAUGAAAUAAUAAGAAUGAUAAUGAUGAUUAUAAUGACUUAAUGAGCUCUCGUAUUCUCGUAUUUAUUUGAGAGGGAGUGAAUCCCUCAAGGUUUUUAUGAAUAAACGUACCGCGCACGUGGUCUCAAGCGCCUGGCGAGUAGCAACCAAACAUACGCGCAACCUAGUUGACUCGACUAGGUUCGUUCAAUUUCGGCAGAGAUCGAAAAUCGUAAUGGUGGUAAUGGUCAGUAAUUCGAAAGCCAGCAGCCGACACUAGUCAAAGAAUUAAAAUGUCGGCCGGUGAAAGUGGAGGCCGGUGGGCAAAAGAUUGAAGAAAAAGUACAUAUAUAGUAACCGUGUGCAAUUUUAAUUGUAGACGUUAAUUGUCGUCAAAUAAUUAUGCGUUCCUAUUACACCGCGUAUCAGUUGCUGGACCAUCGAUCCGUGGAAAAAAAUGACAACUCACUCGAGUGAAGUGCUACCAGAAAUCUACUUGAUAUUGUUACGAUUGACAAGGUUUUAUAACCCAGCGUAUUCACCUGAGAUCUUGAAUCAACUCAUUUUACGACAUUCCGGUCUUUCUGGGGGUUGUGGAACCGCUGAUUCAAAAGCUGAGAAGCUACGUUAUCAAUGGUGAAGCAGCAGCAGCGCCAUGAAGCCGGGUCCGCAAAGGUCCAAGCAACGUCCAUCAAGUCAAGGUCAAGGAAGUGUUGCCGGCCCCAAAGGCGACUAAGCCGUGCCCAAGUUCUGAAGAUGCAACCAAGAAAGCCAUCAAUGACCGACACUGGAGGGUCGAGUAGUGGUACAGGGGACAAUGACGCAGUAAGUCCUGGUGUACCCAAUGGUGAAACAUCAAAGAAAUUCCUCUCCACCGGAAGAACUGGUCGUAGGAAUGCACUACCGGAUAUUCUUGGACAUCACGCUGACACCGACACAGCUGACCUACCCUCCCGACUCGAAGGACUCACCACAGAAACGAAGCAAGGUCUUUUGUCUUUUUUAAUUAUUCUCGUCCCAUUUUGUGCCAUAAAACGUUGGGUUGCACUCAUAUUCGCACAUGGAUCAGAUACUCCGCGGUUGACUGUUUGCUUAACGCUACGACCUCAGAACGUUUUUAUUCUUGAUAAAAAAAAUAAAAUAGUAAAAAAAAAAAAACUUCAUUUUUGGAUUUAUUUUGAGUCACGUCGAUCCGUUCCGUGAGGUGAACCUAGCACAAGCAAGGAUGGACCAUCCACGUCAAAGCAGCACACCGGGUGACAACGUCGUUAUUUUUGGUACAUGAGAGGACGGAAAGCUCUUGUGCUCUGCCUUUGGAUAAAAGAAUUUUCGUCAUGGAGGCGUGAAUCCUGAAGAAAACCCCAAGGCUUGAACAGUCUAUUUCAAGGACAGCAAUCCAACUUCAGAAUAAUUACAUGAGAUUUAACGUGAAAAGAUGAGUGAGAUAAUCGUUUAUCCUUAAAAUGUUGAGAGCCCGAUGGCGUGAUAAUAUAAACCGAGUAUUAAAAUUGAUAUAUUUAGAAUAAGAAUAGACCGCGUGGAAGCUGUAGCUGGAGAACGAAUGUGCUUUACAGUCAACAACCUUCAGUCUAUUUUAUUGACCUGUAACCUUGCGUGGCAAGGGGUUGAAAUCUAGUUGAUUCAUCGCUGUUUUUUGUUUUUUGUUCGCCAAAUUCAGCCCAGUGGCUAAGGCUGUAUUUUAUAAACUAUCCCCCCUUGGAUACCGUCAAUGCUUAACAACCUUUUUUCAAAUAUUGUUACAGAUACAGAGUCCCAGUUUAGCUACACAUAGAGAAGCUUUAAGUCUGUAAUUUGAUAAUACUAUAUACACCCAGCUAUAUCAAUCCUAUUGUCCCGAUACGUAAGUACUCGUUACAGUUGUAAUCGUAACACUAUUUUUCAUAUACACUGUCAAUGAUCUCCCAAUACGCUGGUAUUUAUUGAUCCGUAAAUAUAAAUCUUACAUUUAGUACAGUACGCCGUAUGACAAACGUAUGAUAAUUGUUUAUUUAUUCUGAUCAUCGACACAAAUAAGGAUAGUUUAGUCGAUAGAUUAAUAUUUUACAUUUCUGUGUAAAGUGAUUGAUUCAUUCAACAAAAAGAUAGGUAUAUGUAUCAUAAUAAUUUCUGUGUAAAAGUAGAACGCUGUGCAGCAACGUUCAAUUUGUCAAUUUAUCAUAAUAUUAAGUCAGAGGAUAAAGAUAUCGAAUGGCUGUAAAUUACAAAAAAAAAUUCUGUUAUGCACAGGUCCUUGCACCGGUAGUAAUGCGAUGUCGGUUGCGAGUACUGCCUGUAAUGAGUGAUACACGAUAGAAAAAGAGAGAAAAUUUUGAGAAUAGCUGUGUGAAUGAUGUUCGAUACUCGGCCAAAAGAUUUUGGUAAUUAUUAUUACCGAUUGACAAGGUGAUCGCUGUAAUUAGGUAGUAAUACCACCAAACGUGUGGGUAUCACAAAUAUUUAUAUACCUAUAUACAUAUGUAAUUCUAAUAUGUAGAUAUGUACUUUUUAACGUUCAUUAAGGGAUCCUUUUACGAUCAAGUCAUUUUUAUUCAGUCAACGCAGGAGACUUGACAUCACCCGGUGGUAAAAUCUUUUGAUUUUGUGAUAAAUUCCUUUCCUGAACUAACAAAUUUUCAGCCUUCACGGGCUAACGUGUAAAAGUUUGAAAUUUAUUCACUCUAGGCCUCCGUCUACGUAACGUAAAUUUCUAGUAUUUCUCUUUCGUGAGAGGUCUCGUUUUCCAGUAUAAACAAAAAUCGUCGAUAAAUAUUCACGAACAUGAUCUCCCACGUUGCAUAAUAUAGUUAUAAAAUUAUUUGUUAUUGUGUACUUUGAAGCGAGGAUGAGGUGUGGUUUGAACAUCGGAUUUGUACAGUGGAAUUGAUGUGUGAUUUUAAUCAAUUAAACAAGAACUUGGUUUAUCUGAAAGCUCA